AGAGGGGAGCUGAUCCAGGAUUUGGGUGGCUUGGGCGCCCGCUGCUCCGCUAUGGGCAAGAAAAGCAAGAGGACAGCAGACAGUUCAUCGUCUGAAGACGAGGAGGAAUAUGUGGUGGAGAGAGUGCUGGACAGGAGGGUGGUGAAGGGGCAGGUGGAAUAUCUGCUCAAGUGGAAAGGCUUCUCUGAGGAACACAACACCUGGGAGCCGGAGAAGAACCUGGAUUGUCCCGAACUCAUCUCCGAGUUUAUGAAAAAGUACAAAAAGAUGAAAGAGGGGGAUGGAAACAAAGGAAGGGAGAAGGCGGAGAGCGGCAAGAGGAAAGGGCUGCCUGCCAGCGCCGAGGAGAUCAAGGCCAAGAAGAAGAGGGAG